AUGGAAGAAGAUAGCAUCAUUCAACAAUAUCACAUGAACUCGAUAUUGGGAGAAGUCCAUGAAAUUCCAUACACUCUUCCACACAUUUUCUCAUCUCUUGAUGAUACCAAUAAUGAUCCUUCUUAUGAUGAAUUGAUCGAAAUGAAACCAUCAAAGAUCCUCAAGACAGCUUUCAUAUCACCGAAAUUGCCACCACAUGCACCCUCUUUUCCUCUUCCUUCAAAGCCUCAUCUUCAUCAUCAACCUUCCUCAAGAAUUCUAUCUUUCGCAAAUGCCGGUCCAAAUGCUAUGAAUCGUGAGUGCUCUCCCACAUAUCCAAACUCAAUCUUUUGCACCAAAGUAGAGGCUGAAGGGUCACUAUACCAGAUGAACGAGCCGAUAGCAAAUCGAAAAGGGAGCAAGAGGGCUCAACCUUUGGCUAGAAGUCAAUCCAAUGCUCAAGAUCACAUCAUCGCUGAAAGAAAACGUAGAGAGAAGCUUACUCAAAGAUUUGUAGCUCUUUCUGCUCUAGUUCCGGGCUUGAAAAAGAUGGACAAGGCUUCUGUGUUGGGAGAUGCAUUAAAGCAUAUCAAGUAUCUCCAAGAAAGAGUCGGAGAGUUUGAGGAACAGAAGAAGGAAAGAAGAUUAGAAUCAAUGGUUCUUGUGAAGAAAUCUAAGCUGAUUUUGGACGAUAAUAAUCAAUCAUCAUCUUCUUCUUCUUGUGAAGAUGGCAGCUCGGGCUUAGAUCUUCCCGAGAUCGAAGUUAGAUUCUCCGAUAAAGAAGUCCUAAUCAAGAUCCUUUGUGAGAAGCAAAAGGGUCAUAUAGCCAAGAUUAUGGCCGAGAUUGAGAAGUUUCAUUUCUCAAUAACCAACUCAAGUGUUUUGCCAUUCGGACCAACUCUUGACAUAACCAUAAUAGCUAAGAAGGAGAGUGAUUUCGACAUGACACUCAUGGAUGUUGUAAAGAGUUUGAGGUCUUCUUUAACGAAGUUCAUGUGA